UGAAUUAAUAUUUAUAUUUACCUCUAUAGUAAUAGAGUUCCAACUUACAUGUUGUUGAAACUGAAACUUUCUUCAUCGAGCGUCAGGUGCUUGUCUUACCAGUGAUGUCAUCCGAGUCCCCACUAAACGUAAACCCGAGCCUGACGUACCACUCAGAUAGUGCGACCUACACCCAACCUACAUCUCGAGGAAAGCCAUACAUUAGUCCCUAAGCCCACAAUAUCCCACCUUCAGCUUUUCGAAAGAUGAAGCUAUCGACGCUAUACACCAUCCACCUGCUAGCCGCGACCGCAUGCGCCCAACUUCCGUACGGCAUCACCCUCAAACAGCCCAAAAUGCCCCAAAAGCCGCUCAUGGACCUCGGCCCCGUCGUGCCGCCCGACUCCUCGCAGCAGCCGGACGGCUCCAAGCAACCGUCGCCGCAACCGCCGCAGCAGGGCGGCGUGCUGAUCUCGGACGUGAUGGGGCGCGACCGCAGCAUCAACAUCUUCGCGGGGUUCACGCGGGACGUGGGGACGGUGUCGUCGCGGCUCGACGACGGCGCGCGCAACAGCACCGUCCUGGCCCCGCGCAACUCCGCCGUCGAGGCCCUGCCCCGCAAGCCGUGGGAGGACCCCAGGGACUACAAUGCCCUGGGCGCGAACGCGUACGAGGGCGGCGACGGCCAGGAUAGGGCGCGUAGGAAUCUGAUGAGGUUCGUCGAGGCGCAUGUCGUGCCCGCGAGCCCGUGGGCGGAGAAGGAGAGGGUCAAGACACUGUUGCAGGGCGAUAGGGAGAUUUGGUGGGAGAUGAAGGAUGGGGUUAAAGUGAUACAACCUGAUGGGAUCGAAGUUGAUAGCGUUGCCAGCCGAGUUGGCAAUGGUGAGCUAUGGAUCUUGAAAGGAGUUCGGAAUUACGCUUAAUCGAGUACCUGGCGAGUUUGGGGCAGAAGAUCAUGGUUCUAUCCGGUUCUAUCUUGGCUUCAUUACACGCGGCAUAAGUAUGGAGUUGUGUCUCUAGGGACGUUUGUCUUGUGUGCUAGUUAUUGGUUCUAUGAAGUGUAUGAUGGUCUUUAAGUUAUCAAGAAUGAUUAGGUACUGUGCAUAUAUGGGCUCGGCUUUUCUAAGUUUGCCUGGGGAUUGGACGGAGUUUGGGAGGAUUAUGACAUGUUAUAUCUAAUAUUUAUCUUGAUGAUUAGAACCUAGGUAUACCUUUUCUGAUAGCAUGGUUCGAGCAGUACACAUCGCAAUGGAUACCAUAGAAUGACUACCUAUGUUGGGGUCCAAGCUGAUCAUUUUAUCCCUUUAGAUAUCAGUGAAAAUUAGGAAGUAUACCUGCUUUCAUAGCACUUAACUUCUAAACAAUAGAGUUCAUUAAAUGCUUUAA